AUGCCUCAUAAUCCAGCAAUUACUGUUCUGCUGCCUCUUGCUCCAGAACAUCACAAUCCAGCAAUUCCCACUGCAAUGUGUCCUACUCCAGCCUCUCCAACACCAGCAAAUCCCACUCUGGGAUCUCUUGCUCUAGCACCUACCAAUACAGCAACCCCCACUCCAGCAGCUCCUGCUCCUCAACCUCAAAAUUCAGCUAAUGCUGCUUCAACAUCUUCUGCUACAGCACCUCACAAUACAACUCCUAGCGCUCCAGUGCCUUCUCUUCCAGCACCUCCCAAUCCAGCAUUUCCCACUCCAGUGUCUCCUAUUCCAGCACCUCAGACUACAGCAACCCUCCCUCCAGCAACUCCUGCUCCUGUACCUCAAAAUUCAGCUAAUGCUGCUUCAACAUCUUCUGCUGCAGCACCUCACAAUACAACUCCUAGCGCUCCACUGAUGGCAGUGAAUGGCUCAGCUGUUCCUGAAGGACCGGUGUCCAGUUACUGUGUCAAGAGUGGGGCAGCCGUCACAGCUGGGGACGACCGCCGGCUGGGUCGUGCAAGUGCAGCCACGGUGAUUCCUCCUGGUGCUCUUUUACCCGCCGCAGAGGAGGCGGUGCGGCGACCUCCUGGUGGAUUGGAUGGCUGGAGGACAGCGGGCCGCAGCCAGUGA